ACAGGCAACAAAAUGUAUAACCUAUACGUGCUCUGGUGUGGUUUGUUCCUUCUUUCUUAUAAAAAAAUCUAUCGUCCUUAUCUCUCCUUCUUUUUUUUUGUAUGUUACUCUCUUGUACAGUAACACAUCUCACACAUUUAUUCUUCAGCUCUUAUAUGACUUUAUUGUGUUUCAAGUGCCGUAAAACUCUCACGAAAACUAAAAGGCCUAUAGGCCUAUCUAUGUGUGUAUAGUUUAUAGUGUAGAUUGUGUUGACGCUCUGGGCCCUGGAUCGACUCUGCCCAUUUCGUGAGGCUAGGCCUAGCCCAAGGAGAUUAAAAGUAAAAGUUUAGAUCUAGAACUAACUUGGGCUAGGCUAGCCAAAUACAACUAGGCCUAAGCAGUGUAGGCACUAGGCCCAGGCCUAGUCUAGGCUAGUUCUUGCGAACCUGGCUUCCACUUCCGGUACCUGAAUUCUAAGUAAAUGGCCGACCAGUUCAAGAGAAGGAUUGUUGAUGAAAAGAAGAUCUUCUCAGAGUGCAACACAAUGGUCUGUUCAACAAUUGGAGCAUAAGUGUCAUAUUGGGAUUAAAGUACUGACCGAAAACAUGGCGUCUGCUGACCCUAGGCAGGAUGAUAUUCAGACAGAUGCUGAACUAGAACCUGAAUACCUUUCAGACAGGCCAACUGAUUUCGAAGUUCAGCCCAAAUCAUGUAUGCAAGAGAAGCAAGAUAAUGAUGAGGCAUCUGUUAGUUCAUUGGUGACAGCUUUUUCUGUAGUCCAGAUUCGGAGGCCGGCUGAAUCAGAAGACAUUGAUGAUUAUCAAAACUUUAUUUACUUAAUGCCUCAAAAACUGAAAGAAGACCACUGUGAUAUAUUAAUAAUUAAUGCAGAGGAAGAUUAUCACCAGGCACUUGAUUUCAAAAAACAUUUGGAGAAGGACAUAAUUGUCAUUAUGCACGGUCUCAGUCUUACACCAAGGGUCAAACUUUUGGCUGAAUUUCAUUCUGAUUCUCCGCACAAUCAUUUGGAUUUUGCUUUUUCUAAAACUCUGUAUGUAUUCUUGUUCAUCACAAAACAAUUUUGCUUAAAUGAAGAGACCCUUUUGCAAGGCCAUGCAGUUUUGGUAGACACCAUCAAGAAUAAAACAAAAAGGUGGUGUGUUGUACCUGUUCAUACAGAACCUUCAAAAAGUGUGGAUUACAAAUUACCUAUGUUAUUGGGAAGUCUUAGACCCAUUAAAUAUUGGAGUAAGGAUCAGUUUUACACAGACUCAGUUCGGAACCUACUUCAAGGAAGAAUAGCAAGUCGUCUCUUAAAAGAUGCAAAUCUUAACAAGGAGCGGAAGGCUUAUUUUGAAGCAAAAAAAAAUACACUGAAGCAAAAACGUGCUGAGUUGAUACGACACACAGAUGAGCUCAAACAAAAAGAGAGUCAGGGCACAGCUCUUAAAGCCCGUUUCACUCCUACAGGCUCUUCUCAAAGUUCUCAAGGACUAAGUCUUGAAGAAUCUAGUCAAGGAAUUGUCAGAGAAGUGAAAGAUGCUUGUAAGGGGAUAAAAGAGACAGAUGCUCAAAGAAGUAGCAGCAUUAGGCCUACAGAGCCUUCCAGCACAGGGAAUAUUAAGUAUAAACAAACUUCAGGAACUGUAACAGAAUCAAAACUGGAUGUGUACCCUGAAGUGCAUGCAAAGGUGUCUCCUUUUUAUCCACCUAUUUCAAAUAUGUAUACGUAUCCCUGUUUUGUUCCACCUGCAUAUGCUGACAGUUCAUCUGAUAUUCAAGUGGAUGGACCAUCAUUAGAAGUAGAUGAAAAUUACAUACGUAAUAUGGUUGAACGACGUACUAUGAUGCAAGGGAAUGAGAAUGUUACUAGUGGAAAUGUUGUGUAUGACCCUUCAACAGUAGCUGGACAUGGAAUACUAUACCCAGGACCGGGGAUGCCACCUAUGUACCAUGGAUACCCUCAUCUACACAUGUACUAUCCCCAAUUUCAUCAGUUUCAUCCUCAUGUAGUCGGAGGACCUGUCCCACCUCCACAGUUGUUACAACAUCACUCACGUUUUCCUACUGAGAGUCAACCAUCUUCCCAGUACAGCUUUGCUUCUUCCACUGAGGCUGUGGCGUCCAGUGGCUCAGCACUUUUCACUCCCCCACUCUCCAGUCAGUACCAGCCAAGACCUUACUCCUUUCCUCUGCCUGUUGACACUGCUUCUUACCCUUCUCAGCCGGCCGUCAGCAGCGUUCAGGGGGAGACUUCACAGGGGUCCGUGUGUUCUGAGAAUCCUGGUGCACCCUCUGAAACCAGUGUAAAGUCGUCUGCUCAACUUCGUCCACAACAGGACUCUAAUAUUGGCUCAUUAGGUGUCUCUGCCGUGGGUGGAAGUAAUACAUCUAGUGGCAGUAGUGGCCAGCCUGUGGUAACCCAGCACAUUCACCAUCAUCACAAAACCAUAAGCAUUAAGUCUGUAGAGAACUUAACCAUUGGAACCAAGUCUAAGAUAUCUGUUCGCAAUCAACCAUCCCCUGGUGUGAGUAGAGUCCUAGAUGACGAAAGCAUUGACUCUGAAGAGGACAGCAGCGGAGAUGAAGACCCUGACAGUGAUGAUGGUGAUGACAACUGUGAAGCACAAGCAUCUUCAGAAAGUACUCAGGCUUUGUCAGGGAGUCAAAGGUCAAGUGUGCCUUCUGCUGAUGGCUGUCCAUCGAGUAGUCAAGGUGAUGAAGUUGCUGCUCCUCAAAUGGCAUUCCCUGAAUGCCCCAGACCUGUAACUGAAAGUAUGAGCAGUGAGGGGAUGCGAGGAUCUCGAAAUCAGAAACCUACGGAGGAUGAUGAAAGAACUUCUGUUAAACAAUGUUAUUGAAGGGUUUAUGUUACAAUAGUGUCUGCCUGAGAUCUAAUAAUAGUAGUAAUUGCAUAAAAUUUAUAUAGCACUUAUCUAUGUCUCUGCAGACCUUAGAACACCCAGAAACAUUCUCGGCUUUCCGGGGAGCACUGACAAACUGACAGGAUCUUUCGCUGCCUAUAGCUGGGCACCCAUUCUCACCUAUUUGAAGUGAGGAAAAUUCGUGUAAACAGUAAAGUGCCUUCCCAAAAGAUACAACGCUGGGCCCCUUAUAGGAUUCGAACCCACGACUUUAUGGUUGCGAGUUGGGAGACUUUCUCAUUACGAACGUGAGAUGAUGUAUUAAUACAAUACAACACUGAUUAGAGGAAUAAAAGUAUGCCCAGUGAACAUGGCAUUAUAUGAGGUAACUUGCCAUGCAGGACUAAGGCUCAGAUGACUUGACAUGUGAAUGUGAUGGCCUAAAUAGUCACAGAACUUGAUCACACACAUGCACAUGGGUGUUUGUGAAAACCACUGGUGGUAUAGUGAAUGUGAAUCGUGGCUGGUCCAGUAGUUUUUGCUCUUAAAAAAACAUACAGGUUUCAUCAGGCCUGUAUCAGGCACUCAUCAGUUUUUGGGCUUGUGGAGUUAUUGGUAACAUCUGAAAGCUGAUUUAUUUGCCUUGCUUCCAAUGAAAUAAAUAGCUGUUUGUCUUGAAUAGAACUCUAGAUAUUUGUGAUUGAAGGAAAUGAGGUCACCUGGUUUCAGCGUUGAAAUGAGCAAGAAAAUGGCUGGUGACUCCGAUAGCUAAAGAGUAUUCUAAAACUGAAUAAUGACAUGUUUUGAGCCUUUAAUCAAUGUUUUUCAGUAAAAUUCACAUUGAAAUGUGUUUUUAUAUGGACAUAAAAGGUGUUGAGUCAAAAAAAAAAAAAAAUUGGAAAAAAA